UCGUGAGUCUGUGUGAGUUAGACUGUGUUUGGGUGAGUUAGGCUGUGUUAGGCUGUGUUUGGGUGGGUUAGGCUGUGUUUGGUGGUCUGGGCUACAGGAUGGUGCAGUUCCCCACAGGAGACGCUCACGCCCGUGGCCGCCUGGCCUGCACGUGACAGCCGGAGCGCCCCGCUGAUAGCCGCGCUGCUGCCCCGCGGGGAGGGAGCCGGAGCGCCGGCUGCAGAGCCCAGGAUGCGGCUGCUGUUGUUACCGGUGAGGAAGCUCAAGCGUAACGUGAGAUACCUGCUGUUCGGAGCCGUGCUGGUGGUCGCCGCUGUCGCCACCUAUCUGGAGUUUGUUGCCAGAAGUUCAAUAAAAAGCCAAGAUGGACUCCAAAUUGACCAGACAACGCGCAGAAAACUAGCAAUGAGGACAGCGCUGCACAGAGACCACAUUUCUCAAGUUAAUGAGGAGGAAAAUGACUGGACGUCCAAAUACAUUCCUCAGCUCUGGAAAACUGAGUAUAAGGGACAGGCUAAUCUUCAUGUGUUUGAGGACUGGUGUGGAAGCUCCAUUGCACAGCUUAGAAAAAACCUGCACUAUCCCUUAUACCCUCAUUCACGUAGCACAGUGAAGAAGCUAGCCGUGGCCCCCAGCUGGACAAACUAUGGUCUCAGGAUCUUUGGCUACAUCCACCCGUACACUGGUGGUGAGUUUGUUUUCGCCGUGGCUUCUGAUGAUAACUGUGAGUUCUGGCUAAGUCAGGAUGACAGCCCACACAACCUGAAGCUCAGAGCCUACGUUGGCAAGACUGGUAAAGAAUGGACUGCGCCAGGAGAAUAUGGGAAAUUUGCCAGCCAGAUAUCUCAGCCGGUUUUACUGGAGAAGCAGAAGAGAUAUUUUUUUGAGCUCAUCCACAAACAGGACAGUCAUGGAACAGAUCAUGUUGAGGUUGUGUGGAGGCUCAAUCAGGCUGGAACGAAGUUUACAGUUAUUGACUCCCAGUCCCUCUCGCUUUAUACCAAUGAAUCCACCUUUAAGAUGAACUACGUGAGUCACAUUCCUCAGACCGCUGCCAGUAAUAAAGAUGCAUCGCGAGAAGCUUCUGGCCCGACUCCUCCCCAUGGGGCAGACAUGCUGAGAGAGGAUCCUCGUGACACCUUUUUUCAGGUUCCAUUGUUGGACAAGUCACGUUUGUGGGGUGUUUUGCCAGAAUGUUCCUAUAAACCCACUUACAUCCUUAAAGGCUACACCUUGCAGCGGUAUCAGGGCCUGCAGUUUGUACAUCUUUUAUAUGUUUACCCUAAUGACUACACUCGCCUCACUCACAUGGAGAACGAGAACAAGUGUUUCUACCAGGAAAAGUCGGAGUACCUGGAAAGAUACGGCUUCUCCAGUUAUAUGACUCUGGAUCAGCCAGAAAGAGAGGACAUUGACACCAGAAAUGGAGAUGAAGGCAGGAGAGGAUGGAGGCCAAAACGAGGGUUUGAGGACUAUGAAAGAAAAUAUAGAGAAGAAGAGGAGGAGGACUACCCAACACAGAGCCAAAGAAAACUAUUGUCUCUACCUCUGACCAACGAGAGUAGAAAAAGGACGUGGAGAGAUAAUGAAAAUAUGAACGGAUCGUUGGGGCUACAGCAGGAGAAUUCACCAAACUGGCUUUCAGAGCAGAAUAGGACAGCAGACAACCACCAGCAAGAACAUGCAGAACUCCAGAUCCUAAACAAGACUGUGGAAAAGUCUGUACAGCAGUCCUCUAUCAUACUGCGCAAAGGACAAAUCAAGAGGUCAAAUGUACAAAGUAGUGAUGGACAUGAUCUGUCUCUCCAAAAAAGGGAACAUAUAGAAGAUCUCCAGCCUCAAGGAUCUUUACUUCAGGAACCUCAGGAUGUACUGGUUGAGGUUAAUGAUAAACCUGGUAAAGGAGUGAUAUUAGACGACUUUGCAAAUAAUAAAGCACAUGCAGUGCAAUCAGAGUGGUCAAGAAAUAGAUUAAAUAAAAAUAAAACUAUUAAACACUCAGCUUUGGGUGGUUCUAAAAAUAAACCAUCCAAAAGAAAGACUGGCAUUAAAGCUAAGGCUGGAGUUCCACAACAUAUUGAGGACAGAUUAAAUAAUAGCCAGGUUCUUCUAGCUGGUAAUGCAAACAACAUGCAAACAAAGAACGUCUCAAUAGCUAUGUCUUUUGAAGCCAAAGCAAAGGAGAAUAUCCCAGAGGAACGUGGAGCUGUACUAAGUGGGAAGACCAAUGCAACCCUGCUGGACGGUCCCAAAGACAGGUCCGAAGAUCAGGAGAAAGAAAGGACUAACUAUGCAUCAGACUAUAAGGACAUAGUGCCUCAUAAAUUAAAAAAAUUAGAUGAUUCCAUCAGUGAAAGCAAGUUCAAUGAUUUUAAGCAUGAAGAAUAUCAUAAUUCUGUUCUUCAGGAUACAGAGCAUCUUGACACCAAAAAGAAGGUCACUAAGUCCCAUUUACUCAACUCCAGUCCUGAGCAGAGGCACAAAGGCAUUGUGGCUCCACCCAUUGAGGAAAGUAACAACACAUGGAGGAGAGUUGGGAGGUUAGAGGGAAAGGUAGAUGAAGAUGCAGCAGAAGAAGAGAAGAAUCUGUCCAAAUUCGGGGAAGAAGAUGAAACUGUCGAUGACUGGAUGAUGUAUGGAGACUUGGACGAUGACUUCUUCACUAAGAUUGGCUUUGACGCUGAGGUGAACUGGGCUCAGACCUUUCAGGUGAAGCCUAUGGAUUUUCAGACGAUGCGAUCUGACUGGAUAGAUCUAACCUGUAACGUGUCCGGCAAUCUGCUGAUCGACAAAUCAGAAGCCAUGUUUGUGGUGCAGGCGUUCAUGGAUAAACUCAACGAGAAAUACCCAAGUGAGUUCUCCAUGCAGCAGAUAGUGAAUGUAGAGAAACGGCCUGACGUUCCUCAGGGCACUCGGUACCUGCUGGAGUUGGAUCUGUUGGACAGGGCGGGUAACAGGGUCCGUCUGGCUCAGUAUAUCUACCUCCUUAGGAAAGACCAGAAACGAAGCCGGUCUGUUUACAAGCAGAAAUAUAGCCCACAGCUGCUCUUCUGCAACCCUCAUAACUUCCAGUGGAACCCCACAGCUACUGUCCACUUCAUCAUCCCAGUGAAGAACCAGGCUCGCUGGGUCCAGCAGUUUAUAGCAGAUAUGGAGGAGCUGUACAAAGCCACUGGAGACAAGAACUUCAACAUCAUCGUCACUGACUUUUCCAGCACAGAUAUGGACGUUCAACAAGCCUUGGAAGACUCUCAAUUGCCCAGAUAUCAGUACCUUAGACUAGAAGGAAACUUUCAGAGAUCAGCAGGACUGCAGGCUGGAAUAGAUCUAAUUGAAAAUAAACACAGCAUUGUGUUUCUGUGUGAUCUACACAUCCAUUUUCCACUGGGGUUCAUAGACUCGGUGAGGAAACACUGUAUUGAAGGACGAAUGACCUUCGCUCCUAUAGUGAUGAGGCUUAACUGUGGUGCUACUCCUCAAGAACCUGACGGAUACUGGGAAGUAAAUGGCUUUGGGUUGAUGGGGAUUUAUAAAUCUGACCUGGACUCUAUUGGUGGCAUGAACACCAAAGACUUCACUGACCGCUGGGGAGGAGAGGACUGGGAACUACUGGACAGGAUCCUGGAGGCGGGACUGGAAGUGGAGCGGAUGUACUUGAAGAAUUUCUUCCAUUACUACCACUCUAAGCGCGGCAUGUGGAACCGCCGGAUAAUCCGCAAUACGUAACCAUGGCAACCACACAUCGCCGGGACAACAGUCACUGUGGCACUUUAUCCAGCAUUUUCUCUACUGGCCAGCUUAGAAUGGCACACUGUGGGCUGUGAGACAUUCCAGAGGUCGGGUUGCCUGAUGCAGUCCAGCAGUCGUGCAGUGGUGCUGAUGUGGUUUAAGGGACGUUUCAGGUUUGAUGUUUGAACCUGGAAAAAAAGAGAUAUAAAGACGAUAACUCAGGAAGAUGCUCCAGAAGAUGCUACUAUAAAAGAGUACUAUAAAAAAAGUACUUUAAAUAAUAAGUGCAUUAUUGCUUUAUUUAUACUCUAAAGCCUUUCUUUUAGUAGUGUCUUGCUUUAAAGAAACGAUAUGUGUUGAAUUUGAGGGAGUAUUUAUUGAGGAGAAAUGGUCUUCAGUUCUCUAUGAGGUGUGAACUGUGGACAGUACCUGUCUGAAACUCAUUGGUAGGGCUGUCCAGUCUAUGCCUGGAAAAUUGCCAUGCUAAAUUUAAAAAAAAGAGCUCACAGAAAAUCCAACUUACUUAUCCAACUUAGCUGAUGCUCCUUAAUCCUGAAAGUACACUAAAUGGACAAAAGUUAUGGGACACCUGCUUAGUUGUUGUUUCUUUUGCCAUUCCUUUGGACUGUUUCAACUCUGCACUAGUGAAGGCUGUGUAAUGAUUUUAAGGAUUUGAUUGCAUUCAGUGAUGAGAGCUGGUAAGACUUAGAGCCCUAUCUUAAAACCCGUGCAAGGCACAUUGUGAUGCUCAUUGCUAUCUUACCCUGCCAACAGUCUAUUUUCAUACCCUUGUGCCUGCGCAGUUUAAAAGCAAAGACGCUUAGGAGUAUAUUGCCGCUGAUGGUCUGGAAAAUGUAUAUUGGUAACGGAAAACACUGAUUUGAACCCUGACAACAGUCAAUCGUCUGACGCUCAUUGCUAUAUUAGCAACUCAGGCGUGCUUCAUACACUCAACAUACGUACACCCCCGCUUGUUACAUACACACACAGAUGUACAGCAGUGCACAAACCCUAUUUUCACAUCAACAAUAAACAGAAUAAAAUAACAUUGCUAUUCCCUUAAAUUACCUCCUCAUACACAUUUACAGCGUAAAUUUCCUCUGCCGAGAAGUGCAGAAGCUGUGUGCCCUUAAAAUACCAAUCUGCCAAAGUCAGAGCACACCUGGCUCUUAAAAGGAAUAGCAACUGACAAACUUUAUUUCACUUUACGUCCAAAACACACCCAUGAUUAAUUAAGAGAAUUAGUACAUGCCUUUUGCACGUUUCGAGCUGCCGAGGCACACUUUUUUCAUCGUUACGAUAUUAAAGACAAGCUGACACAGCCUAAAUCAAUAUGUGAGGUUCACGGUUGAUGACUCGCCUGUAGAUCACUAAAAUAGGGCCCCUAGUGAGGUCAGGAUGUUGGAUAUAUGCUCACAUUCCAGCUUGUUGUAUUAAAAAUAAGCUAUGGCAUGACAUUUGCUGUUUAUGUCAUGUCUUUUUUUCCCAGACUGUGUGUGAGUGUUCCUCUUAAAUGAUUACCUGAUUACUACUAAUUGAUUUUUUUUAUAAUGAUUGUUGCUGUGAGUUUAGGACUGGAUCUAAACACUGCAGAUCAUUUUUGAUUCCUGUCAAUGCACAAUAGAGAACUGCUGUUGUAAAAUGAUAUGUGUGAAGAAUGUUUAGUAUUUUUUCUUUAUUUUUUUUUUAUCUUUUGAUGUUAGGAAAAAGGGAUUACAAGACUCACAUUGUACCAGAGUCUACACGUUAGUGAUAAUACUGUAAAUAAAAUACAGUUGCUGUUACAAACUGAAUACCAAACUGAAGUAAAUAUUCCAUAUAAAAAAGAUAAUAGGAUUUCUUAAUAUCAUUUGGAAUACUCAUUUAAUUAGUGCACCAAUUGCUAAAUAAACUAUUUAUUAGAGAAAGGGAACCUAACAAAAGUCUGGUUGCUUGGAUCAGAUUAGGUUAGAGCAUCUCAGGUCCGAUCAAGUCAGGUCAGAUCAAAUUAGAUCAAUCAACUGUAUUGUCAUUGAGAAAUUACAAUAACAAAAAGCAGAAGCAUAUAAUGAGCACAUAAGUAUGUGCUAACUUGACUAUAUGGAUAAGAUGAGGUAGAAUGAAUGUGUAAGGUGCAUGAAUUUAACUACCGGUAAUAGAGAAAACGUAAUGUAUGUAAACAGAUUUUUAAAGUGAACAAUGUACAGAUGAGUGGAAUAAAUGUAUAAAUACAAAUAUAUACAUAUAUACAAGUAGAUGGGAAUUAAUAAGAUAUAAUAGAACGAUAUAAUAGAAACUUUCAUAGAAAGAAAAAAACAAUGUCAUAUCAAUCAUGCAGUUGAAGAGGUGCAAUUGAGAAAUCCAAAUGAGAUUUCCUGGGUAAAGAAAAACAAUCACAGAGUGUGUACAUAUAUAAAAUAUGGUACACACAAUCUGACAGAUUCCUAGACAGAACAGUACAUUCCCAGUAUAUAAAUAUACAUUUUAUUUGCUUUGUCCGAGCCACACAUUUUCCAGCAGCUAGAUCCUGAACUUUGGUGUCGUUUCUGUACUUAAAAUAAGAAUGUAAUGAAUUUACUAAAAAUGUCAUAAUUUAAAAAUACUUGUCCUGCAGAAUCGUCUCCAUGUUGAGGACAUUGUUUUUCUCAGUUACUCUUUUAAUAAUAUUAUUUCCACCUCUUUUUCCACCUUUACUUCAAUAUAAAGUGUAUUGCACUUCUUAGGAAUAAGGACUUUUCAGGAAAUAACCUUUACAGUUCAAAAGAAUGUUCACAUAAUUUCUUAUAGAAAAUUUGCAGUACCUGAACAUUGUUUUAUAGCUUUAAAUUGAGAUCCAUAUUCAGACAUCUCUUGAAGCAUUCAUUCAAAAUAGAUUCUAUAGUGUAAAAAAGUGAGUUUUAUAGGGAAUCCCCCAAACAACCCUUUGUUGCAUAUUUAUUUUGUAAGAGUGUGGGUGUGCAGUUGGGCCGUGCCUUCAGAGUUUAGGCCUUAACACAAGUUUAACUGUGGUUAAAUCAGCAUGGGGUUUACACAGUGUGUCUUAGGAAAAAAUGUUUAGAAAUGUUUAAAGAGAAAAGGAGAUAUUUUGAUGUUAUUCACAUUCCAAGAAGGAGUGGCAGCUGCUGUGUUGUUUCAGGUGUCGUUUCACUGUGAGGAUCCUCUCAGACACUUCAGUUCAUUCAUCUCAGCAAACUCAGCUCAGUCUUUUGUGUGGAGAUAACAGGGUUACAUAUUUCUCAGAUUGUUACAUCACGAGUGAUUUAGUAACUGCAAUAUAUAAAUAGUGACUCAGGAAAAUACACUGGCUCUAAAGUGCCUUUUUAUUGGAAAUUUAAGAAAAGGAAGUGCACACACAUGUAUGGUGUAUAUGCAUGGUUUUAUGCAAAAGUGUGUGCACCCCUGGUCAAAUGAACAUAAAUAUACACACACUGACACAUCCUGCACAUUCUAAAGCAUUAGUACAGUUUAUUUGCUUGACUCAGCAUAUUUCAAAAACCUUGUAUCUUCUUUUUUAUUUUUUUGCUUUUUACUUGCAUCUGAAUGUUUUUCUUGUAUUGUUUAAAAUGUUGUGAUAAAGAAAAUCCUCGUUAAAUAAUGACGAUUGUAAAUAUGAUGUAAAUUUUGUUUGUCACAAAAAAGAUAAUAAAUCUGGAAGUUUGUUAAAAAAUA